UUAAUUUGCAUACUAAUAGUUGUCUAUGCUGCUAAUAUAUAUGUUUUAUAUUUCAGGAUUUUGACCUGUGUGUUCCAUGCUUCAAGAAGGUUGGUCAUGAACAUAAAAUGGACAAAUGGGGCUUGGACCUCGAUGUUGAUCAACAAGCCAACCCAAUGCGUAGUCCACAGGAAUCUCGUCGUCAAUCUAUUCAGCGUUGUAUUCAAUCAUUAGUACAUGCUUGCCAAUGUCGGGAUGCUAAUUGUCGCUUGCCAAGUUGUCAGAAAAUGAAACGUGUUGUGCAACAUACAAGGAGUUGUAAAAGGAAAACUAAUGGUGGCUGUCCUAUAUGUAAACAGCUUAUUGCUUUAUGUUGUUAUCAUGCUAAGCAUUGUCAGGAGGCCAAAUGUCCUGUUCCGUUCUGUCUAAAUAUUAAACAUAAACUUCGACAACAACAAUUACAACACAGACUACAACAGGCACAGAUGCUUCGACGACGUAUGGCUACUAUGGCUACUCGCCUACCACAAAGUUCAGCUUCAGUGCAGGCUCAGCCGUCAGUUGUUCCAUCACAGGCACCAGCUAUGCCACCACAGCAACUGCAACAACAGUUGCCACCACCACAGCAGCAGCAGCAGCAGCAGCAGCAACAGCAGCAGCAGCAGCAACAACAACAACAACAGCAGCAGCAGCAAUUGUCGCAACUCCCUCGGGCUGUAUCAAUGAAACCACCAAACCAUGGGGCACCACCAGCAGCUCUUCAGGCUGUGCAACAAAUACAAAUUGCAGCCAAUGCCCAAAGGCAUACUCCUGGGCAGCAACCACAAAGAACUCCAUCACCUUCAUUUGUCAGCCAGAUGCCUCCUCCUGUGAGUGCUUCUUCACAAAAACCCAUUCAAAUGUCACCGAAUGCAGGAACGGAACCAAGACCCCCAUUACCUUCAUUACAAAGGUGGACAAAUAUGUACCCCCAACCCAAUCCUUUGUCCAAUCAGCAAAAUAUGAACUUGCAAGCAUCACAUAUAAUGCCUCAGUCCGGAGCGAUGCAACCUCAGAGAAAUCCUAACAUGGCACAACCUGGAGUCAGGCAAAAUGUGCCGUCAGCUGCUUUGCAGCAACUCUUAGAAACACUUAAAGGACCUAGUUCUGUGCAACAACAACAAAAAGUACUAAAUAUUCUUAAAUCUAAUCCACAACUUAUGGCUGCCUUUAUAAAACAAAGGUCACAGCAUCAACAGCAGCAGCAGCAGCAGCAACAACAACAACAACAACAACAACAACAACAGCAGCAGCAGCAACAGCAAUCCCAAGUUACACAGUUAAAUCAGCAAAUGGGGCAAAUAAUGGGUCAGCAGCUGGGACAACAAAUGGGACAGCAAAUGGGCCAACAACUAACCCAACAAAUGAAUCCUCAAAUGGGGCAACAAAUUGGUCAACAACCUAGUCAGCAGUUAACCCCUCAACAACAACAAUGGCAACAGACUUUGAGGCUGCAACAGUCACAGUUUCAACAACCUCAAAUGACUUUCACUCAACCUCAGGUGCAACGACGACAAUUUACUCCCCAGCAACUAUUGCAAUAUCAACAACAACAACAACAACAACAGCAGCAACAGCAACAGCAACAACAAGUUGUUGGUCAAGGGGAUGCGAGUCAACAACUGCAGCAAUUCCAACAUCAGCAAAUGUUGCAUGCUCAAGAACAACUUAAACAACAGAUGUCUAACUCGCAAGGAAAAACUGGACUGAGUCCUCAACAGCAACAAAUGUUGGCAGCUCAAUCUCCUCAAGUAAUGAAUCAAGUGAGGUCACCGCAGGCUACUUUAGUUCAGCAAGUGAGAUCACCGAAUCCAACUUUGUCACCGAGGCCGCAGUCACAACCUGUACCUUCCCCAAGAACUCAUUCAGCCCAGCCUUCCCCCCAUCAUGUGCAAACACAUUCUCCACACCCAGGUAGUGUGGGCCCACCUGAACAAAUGCAGACUGAUCAGCCAAUGCUGCCACAAAAUCCCACCCAACAUCCAAAUAUGCCCCAACUUCAAAGUCCUGCCGACCCAGCAUUAACUCGAGACGAUACAGAAAUGGCUCCUUUAACUCCACAGGACCAACUCACAAGAUUUGUUGAGACUUUAUAAGGACAUUGUCCUGACAACAAAUAGAUAGUUGAUCCAUAUUUUUUUCUUGUAUUUUCCAAAGAAGAAUCUUGACAAUUUUUGAAAGAAAGACUGUUUUAUUAAUAUUUUAUUUUAUAUUUCCCUUGUCGUGUCUGUACAAGUCAUAGUUGAUAUUAAAUGUCAGAAUGCAUCUGACAAACAACAAAUAAUUUUUCUAAAUCAGUGUACACUUUUGUGUCAUCAUUAAUAUAUUCUAAUUUGUAUAGUUAGGCCUUGAGAAACAAUUUUCUUUUUUCAGGGCAAAUUCAUAGUCUGACCAAUGUAUACUUAAAAAUCAUUUGUUUUGUGUUUUUCAAGACUUGGAGUAUUUUAGUCAAUAGCAAGAUCCUGUACUGUACAAUUUUUUUGUUUUUUUCAUUUUUAAAAAAAUGCUGUAGCUGUUGAUAUUUGAAGUCCCUACUUUAUUAUAUUGAAUAAUAGGGAACAGAAGAAGAAAUCAUGAUGGUUCUUGUAUGAUUAUAUAAUUAAUGUUAAACUGGGGAGUUCUCAAAUGGAAUCACUGUAUAAAGGGGCACAUACUUAUACAUGAUAAGCAUAAAUACCCUAAUAAAUGUGUGCACUUUUCCAAUUUUAAUUGAA